AUGGACGUUAUUGACGACAGGCUCAAGAAUAUUGAAGAUGCCCUCGUCAAUCUAUCGGCCGCCUCAUCCGCCCCAGGAUCCGCCGAGCCCAGUUCAGACAUAGAUGUCCUCAGCACAACGUGGAGCGACCCGGGCAGUGGCGAUGACCUGCGUCCCAACGGCGAUUACACGCUUCGGAUGCAGACUCUGCAAGCCAGCGAUUUUCUCGAGCAUGCAGUGGCCCAAGGUCGGGUACGGGAGCGUAACCCGAAUGUGCACUCCGCCCUGACCAAGUUAAGAGAGCUCUUGCAAGGGCAACGGCGAUGGUCGACCAGUCUCGAUCAGCGGUUUCCCAUGCAGCGUCCAGUCCCAGAGGGAGGUCUACAACACCUACCUCUGCCUCCGUAUACGGUUGUCAUGACUCUCCUCAAGGAAGCUCAAAUCGGCAUUACAGACCUAUCGCAACUUGCCGGUGCUACCUACAGCAGCCCUCACACUUCUAGCCAUGCCCAGUUGACAGUCGUAAAUGCCAGCCUGUUCGCUUUAUUUUCCGAGCAGGGGUCAAAUGCAACCAAUCUGAGGCUCAAGGAAGAAUACCGGUCUUACGCCCAACUCUGCCAAGCAAACCUGGACACCCUCAUCAAGCACAUCCCGCUGUUCCAGCCGGCCAAAGUCAUCAACAUACAGGCCCUCCUCUUGGCUGUCUCGUACUCGGUGGACAUGUGCUGGCCCGCAGUCGCCUGGCAGCUGAACGCACAAGCCGUCCAGCUCUGCCAAGACGGAGGCUUCCAUCGGAUAGAGUGUAUGGACAACGACGCGGAAAUGACCCGGAUCAAGUCGAAUUUGUUUUGGCAGGCCUUUGUGUUUGACAAGUCCCUCAGUCUGCGACUUGGGCGCGCGUCUGUUGUCGCGGACUGGGAUAUCACCAUUCCAAAGAAGCUUGAUUUGGCGGCGUGGGACCAACUCAAGAAAGCGGAUGUGCCUAAGAUAUGGCUCUUGACAAGUCCACUCCGGUCGCGCACCUAUGAGCAAUUGUAUAGCAAGGAGGCAAUGUCAGCAUCGCCGAUGGAGCUGCUUUCACGAGCCAGAGAACUUGGAAACGAAUGCAUGGUUCUGGAAAAAGAGAUAUUGAAGCUGGAUGGAGAUUCUUCGCCACAGUUCCAAUCCUCUUCAGAGCCGUCUGACCUCAUCAAUUUGUUUGUUGUGAGCAGCAAGGUGCAGUUUUAUGUUAUGACAACAUUCGUGCAUCGGGUCAUUCCAGCACCUGAAGGCUCUGGUAGUCAAUUCUCCAAUGAAUGCCUUGAGUCGUCACGAAAUGCUAUCAAAUGCCACCUCAAUGGCCUUGGAACUCUUGGCGAUAGCUCAUAUCUAAAGGGGGUGUACGUCAGUUGGCUGGAUAUCGAGGACCUCAACCUUCUCAAGGCAUUUGCGGAGUCGUUAGAUAAGCUGAAAGAAGCAUCAGAUACAGCGCAGAAGCUCUUUAACCUAUGCCGAACCAUGUGCGAUGUUGCCUGUGCGUACCACGAGGAUAUUUGGCAGGGUGAUCAGGAUGGGGCACUCAAUCACGAGUACGAUGAAUUCAUGGGGCAGAUGGGCUUGGGAGCCUCCGGCACGGGUAUGAAUUUGAGUGACGGGCUUGCACCGCCAGAAAUAACCGACUGGUUCUUUGGAGGGGGGCGAGGCAUGUUUCAAUAG